AUGGCCAGGAAAACAUUCCCGAUGUUGAUACAGGACACAUCCGACUCUGACAACCAGUUGGCGCUCUUUGGCUUCUUCCAGGAGAUAGUAAAGGACGUGUCGCAGGUCAACAGCGUCCAGGGGAUAUGGGCUGUGAGCCCGCGCCACGUGGACUUGAGCUUCCCAGGGGCUUUCAACAAAGCCAUAGUGGGGAACCGACCUGACUUCAGAGCGUUCGACCCUGUGAAAAACUACCACGAGGGCACGGGCUUGGUUGCGAGGGCCGACCAGGAGAUGUCUGAUCCAGAGCUCGCGAAGCAAGCUCUGGAAGACAGUCAGUUAGUGCUCCACAACGAGAUUCGAAGAACGUACACGUCCAUCAUGAUGGCCUCCGGCCUUGACCCUUUCUCGCGGUCGUCAUGGGAGUUUUGCCUGCGAGCAUUUCCGUGCUGUGUUCUUCCUUUCCCAGAGGAGCAUUUGCUGUCUCACCACUACUUCGCUCGGGAAUUCCUUUUCGAUCGAGGAGAUCUAGAGGGCAACCAGUUUGGCGACCCUUUGACAUCAAAAUCUUACAACAGAAUUGUAGGCGAGAUUGACGGCGAGGUUGCCGCGGAUAGCAAGGGCGCUUACGACAGAAAAGCAGACGUCGUGCGGGGCCACGCUGCUGCUCGUCGUCGGCGCGCCCGAAAAAUCGUGCAAGACGCGUUGGAACAGUGGGAUGCCAUCUUGGGUGUCGAUCACCUGGAUUGGUUGAAUACCUGUGAGUUGAAUUCCAGCGGGUGCCUGAGCAGUGUCACAGAUGUGAUCGUGAUGGCCCCGAUCACGAUGACAGAUGAACUUUGGUCAAAGUUGCGCACAGCCAAGAGACUUUGGGGCAUGUUCUUCGCUCUUGACAAUGCCGCAGAAUACGGACAUUGGGUGGUAGAUGACAAGGCGAAAAACAUUUUCCGGAACAACUUCAACACUGCUCUAGACGAGCAGGGCACCUUGCGCAUGUUGAAGCAAAUCCACACAAAGGAGCUGCGCGCGCACUUCCACCCAACAGAGCUUUUCAAGGGAGAGCUCGGGCAAGUGAGCUGGGCGGAUGCUCGCGACCUUGUGAAGCCGGUCUUCGACCUCAUGGCCAAUGGAGGCAGCAUCGCUUCUGUGACUCCGAUGUUGGGCCUGUACAACUGUUAUAACUGUGCCAAGUCACCGAAGGGCGAUCCACAGCAGAUAUCCGAUCCACUAACGGUGUUUGAGUAUCUGAACUUCUCGCAGAGAUUUGCCAAGCAAGAUGUGAGCUAUGCCUCCUUCAACCCGGAGGAUUACAUGCCUGUCGCUUCCUACAGCCCUUCCCUCAUUAUGGCUGACCAUGACACCACGGAGCAGAACUACAGAAGCGCCUGGGAGUUUGCCAAAGGUAAGGGCAUUCCUGAGGAGAGGCUGCAGAAGGCUGUUCGCAAGGAGCAGGUGUUCGUCGUUAAAUUCACGUACGAGCCCCUUAACAACGGCAUGUACACCGGCCACGGGUUAGUGAAGCGGAUGCUCCCCGAGUACGGCAAGUGGCUAAGCUCCCUCCUCACGGCCAAGCCGGAUCUCAAGGCACCCGAGCACAUGUCGCUUUCCAUUCCCAUCCUAGAGUCCACCCGUCAGGUGUUCUUGCAGAAUUCUGCUGCCGGCAGUGGUGACUGCGGUGUGGGUGUCAACACAGCGGCGCCAGUAUGUGGAAUCUCGGCGUGCUCGUGCCAGUGA